UUUCAUUGAUUUCCAUAACUGAAUUAUCUGUCACAGAGAGAGAGAGAGAGAGAGAGACAACAUCAGCAGCUUUAGCUGUUAGUACUGUAUAAGCUAUAACACAAUAACCAACAUUCUCUAUGGUGUCCCCCAACAGCUAUUCAACUCAGCCCUCAACCACCGAGGAUUCUGCUCAUUACAACUUCCUUCGCCGUUUGAUCUUUGUGCUGCUCUCUUUUUUCGUCAUAAUUACCCUUGUGAUCUACAUUGCAUGGCUUAUUCUUAAACCACUAUCUCCGGACUUCGAAGUCGACUCUUUCACGGUCUCUAAUUUCACUGUUUCCGGCUCACAAAUAAGGGGGAAAUAUGAUAUCCAAUUCACUGUGAGAAACCCCAACAAGAAAGUAGACUUUAAUGUCGAAAUUUUCGAUAUCCGUGUGAAUUAUAGGAGAACCCGUCUUUCUCAGAACUCAGGGGCAUCUCGGCAUCUGUUUCUGGAGAAGUCGAAUCAAACUAGUGUUAAGGCCGAGUUGGACCCGAAUUUGAGUCGUUAUGUGAGGAAAAAUGACUUGGAGAACUUGGGUCAGAACUUAAGCGGGGGUGUGAUUUGUUUUGACGUGAGGAUGCCUGUUUCAACAACAUUUACUUAUGGAAAUUGGCCUAGAAUCGAAAGAUCAAUGCUCGUUUAUUGCAAGAAUCUGAGGGUUACAUUCUCGUCUUCUAAGUUGGUUGGUAAGCUCAUAGACAGAAGAGAGGAUUGCUUAGUACUUUCUGACUAAACAUAGGGGAGUCAUUCAUUAGUUUUCUUGCACGGUCAACACAAAGGUUAUUGGUUCAUUUAAUUAGUUAAAUUAGGUGAGUUGCAAUUUGCAAGUUGCUUUUUUUCUCUUAUUUUUUGAAUGUGAAUUCAUUCAUUUGUUGUUCACAUUUUGGGGUGUGCCUAGAUAGAGAUUACCUUUUCAAUUUCCGCUGUCACUGUGUACGGUUUAUAACUUCACGCGUAAAUACUACAAAUUAAAGAUACCAUUCCUUAUUC